CUGAAUUUCCCGAGCCAACUGUUGCUAUAAAGCUGGACCUGACUGGGAUGGUUUUCAGAGCGGAAAAGACUGGAGUUCGACCAAAACUUACACAAUGGAGUUUUAUACCUUCGCGCUAUUUGCAAUCGCUUUGUCGUUUUACAGCGUGUUGGCGUUGAAACCUAAAGACGUGUGCCUCCUUCCAAUGGAAGAGGGACUUUGCAAGGCUGAUAUCCAGCGCUAUUACUACAAUACUAUCACCCAGAAAUGCGAGCUUUUCUCCUAUGGGGGCUGCAUGGGGAAUGCAAAUAACUUCGGGACCUAUGAGGAGUGCCACAAGACAUGUUUCAGAAUCCCAAAGAUCCCCACAAUCUGCAGGUUUCCUAAAGAGGAGGGACCCUGCCGUGCCCUCUUCCCCCGCUAUUUCUUCAACAUGACUACCAUGCAGUGUGAGCCCUUUUACUACGGUGGCUGCCAGGGGAACUCCAACCGCUUCCAAGAACUCACCUCUUGCAUGGACUACUGCAGUCCGCACAAAACUGUUCCUGUGCUUUGUCUGGACCGUCUAGACAAAGGGAAAUGCUCAGCCUCCAUAACUCGGUUUUACUACAACACCGCCACCAAGAUGUGCGAGGAGUUCGUGUACUCGGGCUGCGGAGGGAGCAGCAACAACUUUGUGUCGCGGCAGAGCUGCAUGGACGUGUGCGUCAAAGGAGGAAAGCAGCGCGCAGACCAAGGAAAAGGCCGGCGCAUGAGACGGCACAGAUAUUUUCGCAUCGCUUCCUCUCGCAUAGGCGUCUGACACCUGCUCCCAGGAACUCUCACGGAUGAACCCUGAAGUGAAACUAACGUGUAUUUGUUUAUGCUUAAAAAUGAUGACCGGGCUGAUUAUGAGGAAAAACACUAAGUGGCACGUAUGUGAUGCCUUAUAAGCAUUUUGUGAUUUUGAUGUGUUCUGUUGACAAAGUUUAUCACUUCUGCACUCAUGUUUGUGUAUUUUGUAUGUAAAGUAUGUAUUUUUUUUACAUUAUUAUAUUUUUUUUUAUUAACAUCCUUUGAUCAAACAGAGAAUUUGUUGACGAAUUCUUCCAUUUCCGUACCUUGAUGCUGCUGUUUUAAGCAAAUGACUGCAAUGUGUGAUACUUUUGAUAAUUAACAAACUCCAAAAGUUUGGAUUUUAACUUCUUCAACUACUUGGGUGCCUACAAGUUGGCUUUAAGAGUUGUCCAAGUUGUCCUCGUUUUCCUGAUUAAAACAACAACAACAACAAAAAAA